AAAUAUUUGAUAAUCGCAAAACAAAAAAACAAAAAAGCGAACACUUUGAACACUUCUGACUUAAAUAUUUACAUGCAUAUUUUUGACCAUCUCUGUAUUAAUGCUGUAAUAUUGUGGCAUUGCAAAAUGUGUACCUAAUUAGUCAUAAAGCUGGGAAAAGACCCAUCUCAACAACCAUCGCAUCAUGUAGAAACUACAGGACCAGCAAGGUUGGUUGUUACACCUCUCGCCUUUCAUUCCAGAGCAAGCAAUGGAUUGGAGCAGGGGAGGAAUUUCAGUCUGAGAAGUCCAUUUAGUCUUUCUGUGUUGGUAAUUUACUUGAGACAAGGGGGAAUCACUUUUCUUAUUUAGUUGGCUUGCUUAUUUUAGGUUAGUCUGAUUAUUUAUGUUGCUCUAAAGAGAGAAUAUCGGAUUCACCAACUCUUUAACACAGCUAACGGGUUAGCUGCGGGACACCGAACAAUUUCACUAGGAGCUCCAGUUCAAAUUCAACACCCUGCCCUCAACUACUGCAGUCAUGUCUACGGCAGGAGAUUUUGGCAACCCUUUGAGGAAAUUCAAAUUGGUGUUUCUUGGCGAACAGAGUGUGGGAAAGACUUCAUUGAUCACGAGGUUCAUGUACGACAGCUUUGAUAAUACUUACCAGGCCACAAUAGGAAUUGAUUUUUUAUCGAAAACCAUGUAUCUUGAGGACAGAACAGUGCGGCUGCAGCUUUGGGACACGGCAGGCCAGGAGCGUUUCCGGAGUCUCAUCCCUAGCUACAUACGAGAUUCCACUGUGGCCGUGGUUGUCUUUGACAUCACAAAUGUCAACUCCUUCCAGCAGACCACAAAGUGGAUCGAUGAUGUCAGAACAGAGAGAGGAAGUGACGUCAUCAUCAUGCUUGUGGGAAACAAGACAGAUCUUGCGGAUAAAAGACAAAUCACCACAGAGGAGGGUGAGCAGAGAGCUAAGGAACUGAAUGUUCUGUUUAUCGAAACAAGCGCAAAGACAGGCUACAAUGUCAAACAGCUUUUCAGACGUGUGGCAGCUGCACUGCCUGGCAUGGAGAGCAACCAGGACAAGAGCAGAGAAGACAUGAUCGAUAUUAAGCUGCCAGCAGACUCACCAGAGCAGCCUGUCAGUGAAAGUGGCUGCUCAUGUUAAGCCUUGCACCACAGCCACCUUUACCAAUCUCUCUCUCUCUCUCUCUCUCUCUCUCUCUCUCUCUCUCUCUCUCUCUCUCUCUCUCUCUCUCUCUCUCUCUCUCUCUCUCUCUCUCUCUCUCUCUCUCUCUCUCUCUCUCUCUCUCUCUCUCUCUCUCUGUGUUUCUUUGCUCUACCUUUACUGGAUGUCCUGUACGGUCUCUCUCUCCCUCCCCCAUUCUUUCUGCACCACUUCCACUCUGAGCACUCACAUUAUGUCGUUCUAUACCCCUCCCUCUAUUCCUCUCUCUUUUUCUCUCUCUCUCUUUUUCUCUCUGCUUGUCUUUCGUUGUCGGGCUCAGCAUCGCUGCUUCACUAAAGCUCGCACCAUCAUCCUCCAUCCCUCAGCUGCAGUGUCAAUAUCCCAGCCUGGGAACACCAAGAGAACACUACCUGUCCAUCGUCAUUGUUGUCGUCUUCGUCGUUGCCGUGGUUUUUUGCUGACUCACUGAGAAGACCUUAAGCUUAACAAGCACAAUGUGGAUGUGAAUGGUGUUGCUUUUUCUUUUCUCUGUUGUCAUGGUUUCAUGUUUUUUUUUUCGUUCAUUUGUUGUUCUUUUUUUUCCUCUUUUAUUGUCCAUCUCACUUCCACUUCGGUGUUUGGAGAAGAAGUUGUCAUUGUUUUUGCAUAACCUUGUAAAGCACUGUAUCAUGUUUAAUUUUUGUGUGUUUACCUAUGUGAACGGAUACCCAACCGAGAUACUAUUGAGAACACUCGUAACGUUUAGAGGUGGCCAUGAAUUGUAUACAGGACCCACUCAGUAACUGUACCGCUCUCAGUUCAUCUGUGCAGGGUACAGUUCUAUGAGCAAAUGUUGAGCUCACAUCACCACAACACAGGAUCAUUUCAAGCGUGCAGUCAGCGUGGGUGUAGUGAUGUGACUGUACAACACAUCUUUCACAAUACCAUUUACAGCAAGUUUACACCACGAAAUGGACCUGUGUGUCUGUCUGCAAGCAAGUUCAGUUUGUUCAGUUGUUCAGUUUUCACUUUAAACAAAUUAUGUCACUUUCUUCACUGGUGAAGAGUUGCAAUCAACAACACGCAGUCAAAUUAGACUGCUGUUCUGCCCCUACCUGCCAGUUACAAAACGUAUACAGUUUAUAGUUGUGUACAUGGUUAAAAUAAAACACCCUGUUUGGGUCAGUACAUCAAAGUCGGAAGAGUAAGCAACUGUAAUGAGAAUUAUGUUUACAAAUGAUGGAUUUUGAUGAGUAAAAUUGACUCUCAUAUUGUAAGCCACUGUGUGGCCUACGAGGUCAUGGAUUGGUUGGCCAGACUGCCAUGGCAACAAGACGAGUGCUCAGAGUACUUCCUGGUCUGAACAGUUCCCAGAAUUCUCCUCUCCUAGCUCUUACUUUUUACCUCAGCUGCCAGGUCACUGUUUUUUUCUUUUUAAGUGGUUUCUUUCUUUCUUUCUUUUUUUUUUUUUUUUUCAAUCGAGACUUUUCAUAAAUCGCACCAGAUUAAGUCAUCUAUAGAUUUUAAAAGAGUGUAGAUUAAAAAAUGUAUGCUUCAAAAACCACAGUAGAUGUUAAUAGGGCUUCUUUUGUAUAUUGAGGGAAGUAUCAUACAUCUUUUACUUAUAUCAGAUAAUAUGCAGCCAUGCCUUCUAAGUGUUCCGUUUAGGGCUUCCACUGGUCUGGUUAUAUUGUUAGCAUUGUAAAGUUUGAUUUUCAUGUUAUUAUAUAUCGAUUCUUUAGAUAGAAUUAAUUUUUGUUUUCUUUUUUAAUGAAAAUUAUUGAACAUGUUGAUCAAGUCGAUCAUGUUGUUAUAUUUAUUUGUACUGGAUCAUACGUCACACUUUUUAAUGUUAGCAACAGAUUUUUUUUUUUUUAAGACAAACAUGUCCUGCCCCUGAAAUCAUUGUCUAUGCUAAAUCACAUGCCACCUAACAUCCCCAUCUAACACAGUCAAAUUUCUAAUUCAUACCGUGAACAAACAAACAUACAGUGCAAUGUGGUUAUUUUAUUUUGUCAUAUCUUUUGGAAGAAAACUCAGCCCAUGAUUUAUCCAUCACUAGUGUGUGUCCUCCUGUAUAUUGUCAUGAUUUCUGUUUGGACGGGUUUUAACGGUCACUGCUGUGUGCUGUUGUGUGAUGCUGUGCACAAAGCCCAUGAUUUGCACUGCUAGAUAUCAUGUGUGUCUUAUUGACAUCCCUAAUAAAGAUCUGUAUUUAGUAA